UACAAAUGCCAUUCAACAGAGGAAGUGUGAACAACAAUUGGAGUAGUCAGAGUCAGAGCUAAGCGCAGUUAAAGUACUCGUACUCAUACAAUAAAUAUUAAAAUUUUUGAACUAAAACUGUAUUAAAAAAAUGAAAUUUCUGCUUUUCUGUUUUUUGUGCAUAAAUGCCAUUGCACUUUCGUUGACAGCUGUGCAAUAUGUGGAUCCCUACGCUACACCACUGCCACAAUUUUCGCAGCUAAGCAGUACGCCGUAUAACGGGUAUGGACAAAAUAUACGCAUUCGGCCUUGGGUCAUUGGGCAAUAUGCUUUCCCCAAUUACUCAAACUAUUGGAAUAAUAAUAACAAUAAUCCUUACAGUUAUCUAUAUAACACGAAUAGUAAUCCCUACAACAUAUACAAUCCGUAUAAUAGAUAUAAUCCCUACAAUCAAUAUAAUCCUUACAACCAGAAUACAGGAACGAAUACAUAUUGGAAUGGAUACGCUUGGGUAAACAGUUUUCGAUCGGCAAGUAGAACUAGAAAGUGAAAAUGGGAAAAUGUUAAUUUGUAAGAGGCCUGCAUGGGACUAUUUGGUCCUUAACAGUUAUUUAUUGUAUAUAUAUAUUUAAAAGUGUGUGAAUUGUUGUCGAAAAAUAUAUAAUUUACUUUG